AUGGAGCAGAUCGCGGCGACGCCGAGCAGCAUUACGUUGUCUCACUGCGAGGCAGUGAGCGCGACAGAGUUGCGGGGCGCACUCAGCGUUGCUCUCGUCAAGGCGCACGAGUCUGGGCUUGCCUGGCUCCGCCUCUUGCGUCUCGCAUUCUUUCCGCUGUCGUGUGGUGUGCAGCACACGGCCCAUGCGAUCGCCCCGUACGCGAAGCGGGCCGCAACCGCCUUUGCUCAGCAGCCGCGGGAUGUCCUGCUUCUCGAGGCGGCCUUGGUGCUCGCAGUCGCCUGUGCGAUUUGGCUGCGCCGCUUGCUUCGGCGCAAGCGUUACUGCGCGCGGUUGCGCGAAUGGGGGGCGGCGCGCUUCUACCGGCCCGUGGCCGAGCGCUACGCGCGCCUCGCCGGCGCCGUGCGUCAGCGCUCACGCCUCGUCGCCCGCCUGCUGCCGCACGGCCUGUAUGCGGUCGGCUGCCUGGCGGCGGCGCGGCUGCUGGAGGCGGUGCGGCUCGCGCCGAUGCUUCGCCCCGUCUGGCCGCACGCCGCGACGCUGCUGCUCACGCCAGUGCCCUGGGUGCGCACCCUCCUCACCCUCCGGUCGGACGGGCAGGAGGACCGAGCGCUGCAGCGCAGCUGGCUGAUGUUUUGGGUUCUGUGGGCGAGCGCACAGCUCCUCUCCGAGGCGCUCGCGCUGCUCCCGUUUGCCGCGCGGCUGCUCCCCGCGCAGGCCCUCUCGCUCGACUCGCCCUCGGCCGCCCCCGUCCUCUUUUGCGCCGCCGCGUGGCUCCACCUCCCGCACAGCGGCCUGCCGCUGCUCUACUCGCUCGUCGGGCCGGUGCUGGCCGCGCGCGCACAGAGGCUCUCGGACGCGCUGCCCGCCCUUCCAGCCGGCGUGUCUGCGCAGAUCGGGCUGGAGGGGUGGCUGCUGCUCGCCGCGGCGCUCUGCCUCUGCACGCCGUAUCCGCUCACGGCGUACACGCUCCUGUACUGGUCGGUCUGCCACCCGGCGCUGCGCUCCGUCGAGGCGCUCGAGGCGCAGCGGCACGGAGCCGAGGCGGCGGCCGAUGCCGCGUUCGCGACGCAGGUGCAGCUGCGGUACUGGCUGCUCCACUGCGCCGUCUCCGCCGUGCUGCAGCAGCUGCCGUGGCUGCUCUGGCUCCCCUUCUCCACGCACGGCCAGCUCGUGCUCGCCGUCUGGCUGCAGCUGCCCUACUUCCGCGCUGCGACCCUCAUCGCCAUCCGCCUCACCCCGCGGCUUCUCGAGCAGCCGCCAAAGGCGGAGGCUGAGAAGAAGCCGCACGACGACUGA